ACAGUCCACUUGGAGGCGGAGCUUACUUAGGAGUGAGAGUGAGGGGGUUUGUGUCGCGCAUGUGCAUACUUUUCUGUGUAGUGCGUGAGCUGCUGUCUUGCUGUUUUACCGUUGUUGUCUUCUGUUGGGCGUUCCGUUUCUGCCGCUCGCGAUCCUCCUCCUCCGCCUUCGCCCCUCCGAGUCCGCGCCAUGGCAGACCCUCGCCUCAGGCAGAUCAAAAUAAAAACGGGAGUAGUAAAGCGCUUGGCAAAAGAAAAGAUUAUGUAUGAAAAAGAAGCAAACCAGCUAGAAGAAAAGAUUGAGAAAAUGAAAGCUGAAGAUGGAGAGAAUUAUGCAAUUAAAAAGCAGACUGAGAUCUUGCAAGAAUCUCGAAUGAUGAUUCCUGAUUGCCAACGCAGAUUGGAAGCAGCACAUGCAGAUCUUGCUCAGCUAUUAGAAAAUGAAAAAGAGUUGGAAGAAUCUGAAGAAUAUAAAGAUGCACGUUCAGUACUGGAGUCAAUAAAGUUAGAAGCCUAGAUUGAUUCUUCACUAUUUUAUGUAUGCCUUGGGUCCAUUGAUUCACUUCAUUAAUGUUUGGCCACUGCUGUAUUUUUUCAAGUAGCGUUAGGAAUUAUGAUGUGCUCAAAUGAUCUUUUAUUAUCUUUCUUUACAUUUUUUGGGAAAAAAUUCAUUGAAAGUUGUAUAACCAAAAUACAAACUACAAAUAAAAAAAAAGAAAACAAGCAAAGAGCAUUUUUUUAUGAGUGGUAGUACAAAAAAUAUUUUGUGGAACUAUAACAACCUUCAGGGUUAAAUCAGGCUAUCAACAUAAGGUGUCUGUCCAAAGUGAUCAGUGAGUUUCAGAUGGUCCCACAGGAAGCAAAUCCCUAUUGACAACAGUUAAAAAUGGCUCGUUUAGAAAAAGUCAGAUUUGACCAUUCAACUGGAGAAUCUGGCUUUGUGUCUCAUUUUUGCUACAAGUGCCCAGUAUCAAACUUUUGCAACCCUGUUACAGAUAGACUGCUGCUCCAGAUUCCCAGUUGUGUACAAUACAGGAUAUUUGUAUUGAGGAAAUAUAAGAGAUUUGUGCAAUAAUAUAUCAUGCUCUUCCCCAAAUAUAGAUAAUAGAGCCAAUUUGGGAUUUGAUUGUAGAGACUGGCUGAUGUUAGUAGCUACUUCAUUCCCUAUAAACGGUGACAAUAGCAUUGCAUCUCCACCAUAUACACAGCAUAAAAUCCUCCUCAUUACACCUACUUUCUGUAGAUACUGUAGAGGUGAUUCCAAUGGUGUAUUAGUUUUCCCUGACUAUUGCCAGGUGCAUCUAAGGAGCUGUUUAAAUCAAAUGGAUGACACUGGCUUUCCAAUGUGGUACUACUAAGAUCAGCUUCCCAUGUUAGUGCAAUCCCUUGGUUGUGCUGCAGGAGUCUGAUGCUAAGAAGUUAUAUAUUAUAGAUAGCAAUCCCUUAAAGUUGAGAUUUGUUGUAAUACACAUUUGCUCAGUAAUAGUGAUGCUCCGAUUUUGUGCAUCUGCAACCAAAUUGCCAUUACAUUUUGGAGCUGUUCCUUAACUGAGGAAUAGUUAAGCGGCUACCUUUCUCGUAGUUUCUAAACCUAUACAUUCCAUGUUGCAAACAGUGUAAGUUGUGAGAGCAUUUGUCUUUGUUACUAAAGAGAGAGUGUACUUUAAAAAAGGUAGAGAAGAAACUGAUGGGGUUAAUUUGCCUGCCUGUAACUUCAGUGUUACAUAAGUAGGAAGGAGUUGCACAAAGCAUCCAUAUAAAACACAGAACCAAGUACGAUGGGGUGAGGAACCUUUUUCGCCAGGUGGGCCAGAUCGUUAUUGGUCCCCACCCCUGUGGACCAUCUUUGGGAUUGGCUGGGACAACCCAUCUGUCAAUCACCUGACAUUCCCAAGUGCCCCCCCACCUGCUGGUUGUCAGGUGCUUGGAAAUGGGCUGGGCAAACCAGGGAUCAGCUGUGCAUUCAAGCUCCCCAUGGGGAACUUGGUUGCACAGCCAAUCCAGCAGGCUAGUGGGUGGUGAGUUCGACCCUGCUUUCUGCAGGAUUUAGCUCCACAGGGACCUUGGUCAUGCAGCCAAUCCAGCUGCAUCUCUACCUGCCCCACAUACAACACCACCCUGAAGUACAGCAUAGGUUUGAGGGAGGGAAUUGGAUGAGAGUUCCAUGAAUUUCUGUGGCACUGCUUCCAUGUUUCAAAUCACAUUUGUUGGUUUAAGCUGAACUGUAUCAUAAUACAGUUAGAUUUGGAACACAGAAACUGCCCCUCAUAGGUAGCCUAUAAAGAGUAUUAUUUUGAUUGAUUCCCCUUAUUGAUAAACCACUCCAGAAGCCUCUGUGUGCCAAGAUAAGUAAAUACACGUAGGAGGUACAAAACUGGUAUAGUUUGGAAAAAUAAAGUAAAUUGGGGAAGAUUAUGUGUUUGGGGAGCUCCCAAAUCCAGGUGAUCUAGGAGAUACAUUUCCUGUAGCUGCAGAGAGAACUGAUCCCUUCUGCUUCAAAAGCAGUUUAAACAGAAACCCACAUCUAUAUGCUGUCUACAUUUCCUUGGACUGCUCUUAUUUGCAGUUUAAAUGUUCUGCGUAGCAUAUCUGGGUAAAGGUCCUGAAAUGCCUGAACUUGUUCUCCUUUGUAUACAAGGGAGUGAAAGUUGUGGAGAUCUUGAUAUAUCUUGUCUUUACAUAUAACUAUGUCUCAAGACUUUCCAAUUUCCAUUUUAUCAUGCACUAACGUAUGCUGUCAAAAUAUGACUCAAAGUAGGUCUGGAAGAAGCUAUGUAAACCACUGCAUUAGGAAGACUAUCAUGUCUAUUACUUUCUAAUUCUGAGAUUGCAUGGAUUUUAAUAUCUAAAUUGAAGCUCUUGCAGUAAGAUUUUCCAAAUCUUCCAAAUUUUCAGCUUCCCCCCCCCGAUUGCCUUGAGUUAAAUUGUUUUUUCAGUUCCAUAUUUAUAACCACAUUUGCCAUUUUAGCUGUCUUGACAACUUAGUUACUGCUUUAGUCAUUUUUUAAAAAAAGUGGCUUGAUGGUAGCUGCUCGUUCCGUGGUUAAUUCUUGUUUAAGUACUGCAGCUGUGAAACAUUUUUAAUCCCUGUUUUACACAACAGCGUUGCUUUGUGGCGAGCUAAGUGUUUGAUGGAAAUAUAUCUAAGCAGUGUUAAGGAGCUAUAAUCUGCUGGCCCCACUAUGUGCUGAAAACACAACUAGGAGUAAGGGAAGUACCCUGGAAAAGAGUACUAUGCAAUACAUGGAAAUAGUUGUCUGGAGAGAGAGAGAGAAUCUUGUAACAAUUGAGACCAAGCUGCUGUUGUGGCUGAUGUUGGUGGCCCCUUUCCUCUUCCCCUCUGUUACGUGUCUCCCUAACUACCCUAUGUCUGUUGUAUUAUUGGUUAUAGAAUAUGGUAAUUAUUGGAAAAUAAUAAUUAAAAUGGUUUGGAGUGAUGUACAUACAGAGCCUAUGAUCGAUUUGUAUUAAUUUUCUGCCUGCAACAAGAUCUACUUGAAAUACCAUUAAAAAAAAUUGUUUCAAAAAA